AUGAGUCAAGAUACUAAGAAGAUAUUGAUGAAUUCAGAGGUUAUUGCUGUUAAUUAAGUAAAAUUAAUACACUAUUUUUAAGGAUAGUUUAGGUAUAUAAGCUAGUAGAGUAAAGAAAGUUUUAGCAAGUGAAGUAUGGAUUGCUUAAGUUACUGAUAAUUGUGCUGGAUUAGUUUCUGUUCUCUUUAAUUAAGCAACAAUAACAGAAUCUAUAACAAUUGAAUUUGAUAAAUUGGGAAUUAGUGGAACUUAGAAUGUGAGAGAUCUUAUAAAUUAAGUUGAAUUAGGAUAAUCUACUACAAGCUAUACUGAAUAAUGA